CAAAAUCAGAUUCAUAAAUUCAAAACACAAUUCAUAAAUUCACAGCACAAUUCACAUUCACAAAAUCAGAUUCAUAAAUUCAAAACAAUUCAUAAAUUCACAGCACAAUUCACAUUCACAAAAUCAGAUUCGUAAAUUCAAAACACAAUUCAUAAAUUCACAAACAUUUCCCCCAAAUGCUCACACAAAUAUAUCUCGCAGAAAUAAAUUCAGAAUGUUUUCACAAAUAUGUAUAUAUCAUGUUCUUGAAUUACUUUCCAGUAAACAUUUGUGAAUGUUGUUACAUGUAUUUAUGGAUUGGUGAAUCUGCAUUUGCAAAUCGUCACAUGUGUGUGGAUUGCUUUGAAUUUGUGUGUGGUAUUUUUGAGACUGUCCUGGCACGCUGAGAUUCAAGCGUAACUUUUUUUUUAAGGAUGGCCUGUUCAGCCAAUCGCGUUGAGCUUUUGGUCCACCAAUCAAAACGCUCCUUACUGAACAGACUCAAGAAGUUCAACGCUGCGCUUGUACUGUGCAUUGUUCAUUGGGUCCUUUAUGUGAAGACCGUUUAAUGGAUGAAUGCCAAAGCUAUGAAGACUUAUAAAAUUCUUGGAAAUAUUAUAUGGAAAUUAUAAACCUAUAUAUUAUCAUUUUAAUUUAUACCGCUUAUUUGUUUGUUUAAUUCUGUCCCCAUUAUUAUUUGUUAUUUUUUUAUUAUUGUUAUUAUGUUUGUGUUAUUUGUCAUUCGUGUAUUAUAUGUUCAAUUAGUGCAAUAAAAAAUGCCGUUUAAUGGGGACUCUUUUUAGUGCCUGAAUACAAUUAAAAAAAAAUCACAUUAUGAUAUAUAUUGUAAGCACAAACUACAUUAGUUAGACAACUGUCUUAUAAACCAAAGUUGCACAUAUCCUCUUUAUUCACAUCAAUCUCUAAUGUUAUUAUUUAAUGUUAUUGUAAUGUUACUGUUAAAUGUCCAGAUAUUUCAUUUAAAAACAACAAUUAUGUAAUGUGUUCUAUUGUUUUUUUAUUUAUUUAUUAUUAGUUGUAGUAGUAGUAGUAGUGUCCCAAGUGGUGAGUUCGCAAUAACUUUUGAUCAGGCAUUAAAAACAGCUACCACCUACAGUAAGGGAGAUUUCGAACACACACACACACACACAUACACAGCGGAGGGAGAUUCAGCAUGGAGGAUGAAAACCAGACUCAACGAGAGUUGCUGAAGCGUUACGUUCUCCAGCGACUUCAAGACCGUGUGCUACAUGUUUUGGAGAGACAGCCUCUGGACACAGAUUAUUUGCAGUUUGUUUGCAGACAGGAGCUUGUAAUAAUCAGUGCCCUGGCUAAUAUAAUAAACAUUUCUGAGGAUGUUAUUUCAGCUCUUACACAUCUAAAUAUUGCCAUACAGCGCCAGAUGGAUAGUGAAGAGGUGUGUGUAACAGUGGACAUAGAAAGGGGUGGUGGACGUGGACGUCCAAGAUUGACAAUUUCAACAAACACUCUUAACCACCUUAUUGAACUUGGUUUGCCUUUAAAAUGUGUUGCCAAUAUAUUGGGAGUGUCUCAAGCAACAUUGUGUAGAAGGAUUGCUGACAACAAUUUGUCAGUUACAGCACUGUACAGCACUAGUACUGAUGAAGAGCUAGAUGUUCUCGUGACGGAAGUGAAGAAUUCUAUGCCAGAUGCCGGAUACAGAAUGGUCCGAGGAGCUCUCCUUGCAAAAGGACACCGUGUUCAGUGGGACAGAGUUGUUGCAUCUAUGCAUCGUGUGGACAGUGUUGGUGUCCUGUCAAGAAUGACCAACCUAAGAUGCAUUGCUCGAAGAACAUAUACAGUUCCUUAUCCCAAGUACUUAGUUCAUGUUGACACCAACCACAAACUCAUCAGGUACAACAUUAUAAUUUUUGGAGGAAUAGAUGGUUAUUCAAGAAAGAUAAUGUACCUAAAGGUAGCGAACAAUAAUUGCUCUGACACCCAUUUGGCCAUCUUCAGUGAGGCUGUAAAUGAGCAUGGCUUUCCACAGAGAUUGAGAGGUGAUCAUGGAGGGGAAAAUGUGGGAGUGGCCCAGCUAAUGUUUUCAGUUCGUGGAACUGACUACAAUAGCUUCAUUGCUGGUAAAAGUGUGCAUAAUCAAAGAAUAGAGCGUCUGUGGCGUGAUGUCUACAUUGGAGUUACAAGUGUUUAUCAAAACAUCCUGCGCACCAUGGAAGAGAAUCACCAGUUAGACAUCAGUAACUGCAUCCAUUUAUUCUGCUGCCAUUUUGUGUUCCUGCCACGCAUCCAGGCAAGUCUGGAUGACUUUUCUGAUGGGUGGGACAACCAUCCCAUGAGGACUGAACAAAAUCUCACACCCAAUCAGUUGUGGCAAGUGGGUCAGCUCCAAAACCCAAUCAUGGAUCCUGAGAUUGAUGUUAUGCCAGACAUUGAAUGGGAAAACAGUGGAUACAGUUUAGAGCCAAACCACAGGGAGUCAAUGUUCCAGAGCUAGACAUUCCAUUUACUGACCAUGACAUAGCAGAACUUAAACAAAUGAUUGACCCACUGCAACACUCUGAUUGUUUUGGGAUAGACGUAUAUCUUGCCACUGUUCAGUAUGUGGAGAGUUUAACUGAAGUGAGGUAAUCUGUGAGAUGAUUAUAUGAUGAUGAACUGAUCUUUCUAAAAAAUAUAUAUGGGUUGCUGAAAGGAUGCGUUUUUCUUUCCAGUAUUUUCUGUAUUUUUUUUAGUACAUUCAUUUUUAAGGAACAUAUGGUCAAAAUUAUUUGUAACAUCUACUUUUAACAUUUCCAUGCUUGUUAGAAGAUAAUUCUUGCUAAAAUAAAUAUUGCCAAAAAUGAAGUUUUUUCACCCACGUCAUCCCAGAUAUGAAUGACCUUCUGUUGUAGGACUGCACAAAAAUGGGUAAAAUGAUGACAAUUACUUUAUCAUGAUAAACCUUUAACUUAAUACAGAUAAUUAUAAUUACAAUUUGCUGCUGUUGCUAUUUCAAAGCACUAUCAUCUAUAGUCUGUCCCAAAAAUUGUAAUUCUGACCACAUUUCGACUACAUAUAUAAAAAUUUGUGAAGAAUAAAAAGAUAAGGCAGUAAAUAAAACACAAAUGUCAGAAUUUAAUCUCAGAAAACAUCAGGUUGCUUAAGAAACUCCCUCCAAUAAUCAGUCAUUGACCAAUGUUUGUCAAGUCACUGCUUCUUUUUGUACUUUAUUGUCCCAUAGAAAUUACAUGUUCACAGCUAUUUUUACAGUUUUGCUUUGUUCUCUUACAGUAUAAACAUUUGUGAAAGGGAAACAUGUAGAACAUAAUUGUACAGUAUAACAUGUAAUCUCGUUUUACAAUCCUGAAAUAUACUUAACUGAACAAAAGCUUAUAUAAAUACCUGUCAUUUGUACAAGUUGAAAUAACAGUACAAAUUUAACUUGGACUUUUGCAGACUUAAAUCAAUACACGUUUCCUAGAUAUAAACCUUUGUAAAAGGGUAACAAGUACAACAUGAAUGCACAGUAACUAAUUCAAUCUUGUCUUACAAUCCUGUAUUAAAUAACUUUAUUAAGGACAAUUGCUUGCAGA